AUGGACAUGACUGACACUGAUCGUCCUGUGAUCUUCUAUCUUGUUCUCGGGGCAGCCGCCAUGAAUAAAGCGGUAGGAGCUACCAGGGAUGUUCUGAAGGUUAAAGCAGCCAGUCUCGCGGACCCUGGACCAGAUGUUCGAGAUGCGGCUUUCCUGGCAGCCACAGACCUCACCGGGCGACGCCCGGGACAGCAAUGCUACGAGCUUCUCGAUCCUGAGGUCCCUGGAGAUACCGUUGGGAACACCCCAGCAGCACUAUUUCAACCAUAGGUUACGAUCGAAUUUCACAUACGACGGGUGUUGCAACAAAGGAUGGGAGCAAUGGUUCGAGUGACAUUCUACGUCUCAGGAUAUUAUACGGUAGGAUAAGCUAAAUGGUGUAAGAUUUACUACUAUCCGUUGUACGGGUCAACUGCCACUGCACUUGAGUGUUGGUAUGGCUGCCAAUAUAUAUUUCUGGGGGACUCUAGUACCUCGAUAUUGAUGAAC